UGUCACGAUCACUGCGGAACCUUGCUGCGAUCGUGCAGGUGCGGCGAGCAAGCAGCAGGCAGACAGGUCGAUGUCAGCCUUCUUUAACACCUUGAAAUAAAAAAAAUCACCUAACAACACUAGUUAUUCAAAGGAAGAUUAACAUUUGAAAGCAAAGUAACAUUUUUACAAUGUUUUUAAUUUUUUCAAAUAAGAACUUGUUUACAAACUCUAAGUAAUGUCUUCAAUUUUCAAAAUAAAACUUCUUUACUUAUUACAAGAAGUUACACAAAUUAUAUUACCAGUAAAAAGUAAAAUAAAAUACUGUCUUUAAAUUAAAUGAUUUACAAAAAUAUACUUUAUACUUUAGUAAACUUGAAAAAAAAAAGCAGUAAACAACAUUGCAGUAAAGCAAAUGUCACGCGACGUUGGAAGCCGGGAAGGCGAACGGGCAGGCGAGUAAACAGGAAGAACAAGACAAGGCGAAAUCAGGGCAACCAAGGGGUUUAUUUAGGGGAUCCGGGGCAGGGAACAGAAGACGCCAACUAACAUCAAUGACGGACGAAGGACUCAGGUUGGGACUGGACAUAAUGAAACAAAGUCAGUGUCACGUUACAUCUGGGAGUUCCAGCUACCACGUUCAGAGCCCGAACAGGUCGUGGUUUCGAGUCAAGAAUCUGCAAACUUGACUGUCCAACAUUUCACAGGGAAGCACAGCUGCUCUUGGGAAAGGACUGAAAGGUGCCAAAUGAAGAAUGUAGAGGAAAGAGGAAGCUACAUGGUGCUCAUUAGGGACCCAGGAAUCUACACUCUGUGCUGUAAACAUGGAGCUGAACUUUUCUCUGUGUCCUUUGUUGUACAUCAGCAAGAAAACCCCUUGAGACGGCCGUCAACACCACAGCUGAGCAUUGCUAAUGGAAUUCCAGGAUAUGGAUAUAAUUUCCUGUGCAGUUCCUUUGGAUACCCGAGACCGAAGAUCACAUGGUAUAAGUCCCUAGACAAAAGAGAUGGUGUAAGUGGGACAGAGAUCAAGAGCUCGGAUCCAAUCUCCACAAGAUCCUUGUUGCGAAGCUUUGAAUAUUCUGAGACAGAUGUGCUGUGCUGUGCGAGGAACGCACUGGGAGAGGAUUGCUCCAAGAUGCAUGAUUACAACUUAAAUCAAGGUUCCAGUGAGCAGGAGGCAGCUGUGGUAAACCUCAUCGCUGGAGAGACACUUCUGCUACGUUGCAGACACAACAGUAUCUCGCCCUUAAGGUGGCUGAAGGACUCCAGAUCACCUGAGGGGAAGCAAAUCCGUGAUGAGAUUUAUCAUGUCAGCCACUGCUACCUGCUUAUCGACAUGGUGAUGAUGGAGCACAACGGCACCUACAGCUGCCUUUCAUCAGUAGAUAACAGGACGAAGUCCAUACACGUCCAGGUUCUGGAACACGGAUUUGUGAACGUUCAGUUAAAGGAAAUGAACCAGGUCUCUGCUUUGGCACGGGAGUCUUUGUGCCUACAGGCUGAGGUCAACGCAUACCCCGAACCGCGGUGCCACUGGGUCACUCCACGUGGCCGUGUGGCCUGUUCAGCACCAAGCCGCUAUCGCGCAAGCAGGAUAUUUCGGCACUGCAAACCUGAUCCAGGAGAGUACCAGCUUACUGUUGAAAACAAUGAGAUGUCAAUCACGAGGAACAUGACAGUUUGUGUGGUUGACACACCUGCUGUGGCCAUCGCCCUCACCAAGGACAAUAUUCAGUGCUCAGCCAAUGGGACGUCCCUUAACGUAACCUGGAGAUAUUGCCAAAUGUCCACCAAGUGCCAUGAGGACGCCCUGUGGCAUGGGAUGAUGCCUCAGACCAUGCAAAAGUCAAAGCUGGAAGAUUUUUGCCAGCAGAGCCACUUCACCUCUGUGAGCUUGUCAGAGCUGGAAGACAACAUCAUUGUCAAGUGCUGCGCUAAUAGUACCUUUAGCUCUCCUCAGUGCAGUGCAACAAUAACCCUGAAGAAACACCCAUCAGUGAUCACGCAGAUGAUAGUCAUCCUCUUCAUCCUGCUGUUGCUCAUCUUCCUGAUUGUUCUCAACAUCAUGAUCAAAAAUAAGAAACCCCGAUAUGAAAGCCAGAUCCAGGUUCUCCAGAUAGUGGGGCCCCUGGACAAUGAUUACAUUUACAUCAACUUCAAAGAGUUCUCCUACAACCUGGAAUUGGAAUUUCCCAGGGAAAACCUCAAGCUGGGGAAGGAGCUGGGCUCUGGGGCCUUCGGGAAGGUGGUGAAGGCCACAGCGUACGGGCUCAGCCAACCUGGGGUGUCCAUGCAAGUGGCGGUAAAGAUGCUGAAAGACAAGCACCACCCAGUGGAGCGAGAGGCCCUCAUGUCAGAGCUGAAGAUGCUGGUGCACAUCGGCAGGCAUGUGAACAUCGUCAACCUGCUGGGCGCAUGUACAGAAUCAGGACCCAUCUAUCUGAUCUUCCAGUACUGCUGCAAUGGAGACCUGCUGAACUACCUGAAGAACCACAGAGAGCAAUUCCAGAAGUCGCUGUCUGACAUGUUUGACCUAAAGAGGUUUCGCUACCUGUUUCAGACCGAGCUGACCUUCAGAGAAAGAGAAGGUAGCUUUAACAGCACCUACAUUCCAAUGUCCCCCAUGCUCUUCAGAGACACACAGGAGCCCAGCAGAGCCAGCAUUCAUGGCGGAAUUAAUGAAGAGUUAGACUCCCUGGAAGAACUUCAUAUCCUCACCUACCACGACCUGCUCAGCUUUGCUUUUCAGGUGGCCAAAGGCAUGGAGUUUCUGUCAUCGCAGAAUUGUAUCCAUAGAGACCUUGCUGCAAGAAAUGUACUGGUUACACAAGAGAAAUUUGUGAAGAUUGGAGACUUUGGACUUGCCCGAGACAUUGAAAAUGACGACAACUAUGUAGUAAGAGGAAACGCGCGUCUGCCAGUAAAGUGGAUGGCACCGGAGAGCUUGUUACAGGGCGUGUACACGAAGCAGAGUGACACCUGGUCUUAUGGAAUCCUGCUGUGGGAGAUCUUCUCACUGGGUGUUACGCCAUACCCAGGGAUGAAGGUGGACCAGAAAUUCUACAUGCUGAUUGAAGGUGGUUUUCAGAUGGAGCAGCCAUACUACGCCAGUGACUCUAUGUAUGCUAUAAUGCGCCUCUGCUGGGCCCUGACACCCCAAGACAGGCCACACUUUUCAAAACUGGUGGCCGUACUGGAGACUCAGCUGGAGGACAGUGAGAAUCAGUUAUACAUCAACACCGGAGAAAAGGCCUUGAGCCAAUCAAUCUACCAGAAUGCCGAUGUUCUCCCGGCACAUAGGAGGCCAAACAGAGAAGAUGAGAAAGUGGCAGAGAAUGUGUCCAGAGAGACUGAAGUCCCACCCGGUCCGGCCUCCAUUCCGACUGAGCUGACCCCCCUGAACGAGGGCUAAACACGAUUCUGUAUGACUUUAUUUCAAUAGUACCAGCAGAGCAAGCUAAAUGCUGAUACACACACCGAUACGGUAGCAGUUACGUAGCAUGGUGUCUGUUAGGCUUCUGCAGCUAAAGGCUAACACACUUGUAGCACAUCUCUUUAUACACUUGUUUGAGCAUUUUGGUAUUUUCAGGAAUUCAGGAAUGUAGCCUGUGAUUAAUAGCCCAGUACUAUAUACUGUAAUUUAUAAGAAUAAUUUAGACCCAUGACCUUGUCUUGGACAAGCCGAUUUUGUAAAUAUUUUAUUUUUUUUAAGUUUACUUCAUAUUGGUUAUUACUGGUUGAAUUAAUGUAUAUAAUGCAUUGCUAUAUAAUCCAUUGGGGGCUCUGAAAAAUGGUCCCCACAAGGUAAAAUAACAAGAGGUGGGGGAAAUUUGGUAAUAUGAACAUAAUCCACACACACACACUUCAGCCUCAAACACACAUGCACAUGCCUGUGCCCAUUUGUAGUGUUUUGUGACAAUGACUGUUGUUAAAAGCGCUAUAUAAAUAAAAUUGAAUUGAAUUGCUUUUUGUUUUACACUAA